GGACUUGACAAUAUUGCAUCUACAUCUUUUUGUUACAUUUCAGCUCUCUGAUGUCCUUGUGUGACCACAUACAUGAGAUGUCACCAGAUACAAACAUUUAUCUGUGUGAAAUACUGCCAAGGGAAUUAGACUGCUCUUACAACAAAUAUACAGGGCUAAAAACCGGAAGAGACCUUAGCCAAGUAAGAUCUUGGAUUGAGUCUAUCAACAGAGCGGUUGAGGAGGUUUGUCAUUAUAUCCCGUAUUUGCAGUAUCAUGUCUACACCAAACAUUUUCAUGGUAAGGAACAUUUAAGAAGGGAUGGUCUACAUUUGAAUAGUGAGGGUGGUGAGAUGUGUUGGAGGUCCAUUAAGUUAGACAUUUUGAAUGACAUGGACACACCUACUCAAGGCACCACAGGUUUCAUUCUGGGUGAUGAACAAUGGCCUCCAUUAAAUAGCAGAGAGAAGGAAUUCAACAUUGAGGAGAUAUCGGAAGGUCUGCCAGCAUUAUACAGUGAUGUUGUACAGUCAGUACUAGAGAAUACACAUCAGAUUAUUGAAACAGUGACUGUAUCCAGCACUUCGCAGCCGACACAGAAUUUAACAGAAAAGCAGCAGAGAAUUUAUAACAGAAGUCACCCCCGACCUAGGAGAAAAUACCAUAGGAGAAGGCCCAAGUGGAUGCACAAGAUGAAUUAUAUUAAGAAAGAGUUUCCUAAAAGACCGGCAGAUGAUAAGAAUUUUGUUAAUAUUGAAGUUGGCAGUGGUGUUGUAGUUGCAGUUCCAUCCUGCAAAGUGAAUGGAUUCUUUCGGGACAGGACAGUUGUUGCAGUAGAAACAGAGUUUUGUAGACUAGGCCAUAAAAGUGUAUUGCCAGAGAACGUUGAAACAAAAAGAAGAAAGGUUGUGUCUUGGUUGUAUUGCCCUGAUUGUGCGGUUAAAUGUUCCAGAGAGGAUUUUUUACUUGAUCAUAUCAUUGUACAGCAUUGCAGAACCGCCAUAAAAGGAGGAGCAGCAUAUACAAAGAAGCCUAAGAAUUCACGCCACAAACACUCAAAGACAUUUAACAAUCAGAAGGUAUCUGAUGUAGAAAGCAGUACUGUUUCAAAACAGAAGGGUUACAGUAACCGGUAUAUUGAAAAGGAGAUUCCGUCAUGUGAAGGUAUGUUUUCUGUUUUUUCACCCUCUGAAUGGAGAGACUUGCUUCAGCUGAUGACUUUAUCUUACCUAUGUACCAGUGAGGGGAUGAACCAUGUCAUAUUGAAUAUGCUGAUCAUUCGGAAUGUGGACCUAUCACAGAUAAAGUUAUUACUGUCUGGUGAUGUGGAACUCAACCCUGGACCUGAUUACAUUUGUCAGUGGGAGGAUUGUACCUUUGCCAGUAGUACAGUUGGAGCUUUGGACCAACAUAUUGUAACUCAUGCCGCCCGUUCUAAUGGCUUGUGUUGCUGGGGUGACUGUGCAUUUAAUAAACCAGAUGGCAGUGUACAAGACCUCGCAAGGCAUGUUCUGCAGCAUCUAUAUAAUGAUAAAAACAUAUUUGUUUCCAUUGAGGAUUGGUAUGCUGUAAUACCAGGUGGAACACUAAAUGCAACAACAGAUUUGAACUCGUGUCCACAACAUUUGAGAUCUCAGCUGAAAUUGCUCCUGUUUGAUGAAGUCUUUAAAAUCACAUCAGACUCGUAUACAGUUGACCAACAUUUGCGUUACUUAGACUUUGAACGUGUGCACUACCCAACAAACUUUGGUAUUAAAAGAGAUGAAUUCAUUCGUAAAAGAACAGAAUUAGGUGAACACUGGGACAACUAUUUGGGCCAAGAAGAAAUGCAGGUCCCACCUGUUACAAGCAAGACACACAAGGCUGAAAGUGUUCCCAGGCCAUUUUAUACAGUUUAUAGUGAUAAGAAAUAUCAUGUUGUUACUACAGAUCGUCCAGAAUUUGCAUCUAACUUAGCACAUUCUGUUAAAUUGAAAUCUGAUAGAAAACGGAAGUGUGAAGUUUCAGAACCAUUGUCAGAUACAGAGUAUUUUAUGAAUGAUUCUUGGUUUGGAAAUUUAUUGCAUAAUUUGUCCUUGUGUAAAGUUGCAAUGAAUCUACAAUCUCAGAUUUUGCAAAAAUUAAAGGAAUGUAACUUUUUAAGUCCUAACACACAGCAUGUUUUUGCGCUUGAAAGAGAAGCAUAUAAAUUAGGUUCUUUGGAAAACUGUUCAGCAGGAACUUUUGUAUACACCGUUUUUAAAUGCGACAUAGGCAACAGAAGUAUUUACUAUAUCAGGUAUAUAGAGACAGGAAUAUAUAUUGGUAUUAUGGAACAAAAAUACCUUAAUCGAUUAAGAGAAUCACUUCAAUUUUCUGAUGAAAAUGUAUUGCUUCAUAAUGUCUUGACAGUGGAAGACUUAACAAAAAAUCAAGAGGAAUUAAAAAGAGCUAACGACUUGAAGAGGAAACGACCAGAUAAAAUAUUUAAGCAUUCUGUCAAUAAAAUCAUUCCUCAGAAAAUAGAGGAACUCAAGGACACUGAAAUGAUGUCUGAUAUAAGUCUUGAAUCUUUCCUUGUACAUUGUUUACCUAAUAAGUCAAAAAGUUCCAUUAACAACAUGGAAGAUCAGUUCAUUGAAGCUGAAAAUUAUCAAGAGAAGUCUGAGGAAAUUAAAGACUGUCUUCUUGACUUCAGAAUGAACAGACUUGAUGUUUCAGCCAAAUGUUCCAAAGACAUUCUAGAGAAAACAUCUAAUAGUGUCAACAAUCUUUUUGAACAGUCAAAGAUUUUAAAUUUUCUUAGCGGAGAUAUAAAAGCUAAACCUGAACUUUUCAAAGGAACAUCAAGAUUUGAGUCAAAUUUUCUUGAUAACUCUCAUGUAGUAACAUCAUUAAGAAACAAGACCUGUCAUUUAUAUUUGAAUAAAAACUUGAUGGAACUGAAGAAAUUUUAUGCUAAAUGGUUUCCAGAAUUAUGUGAAGAAUUAAACAUCCCGGACCAGACUGUUGAUAUUCCAAUAAACCAACCAGUUACUAAACGACUGAAAAAAUCCAACAAUAUUAGACCAUUACAGAUAAGAAGAAAAACACUAGAGGAGAAAGUACCAGUGUCUGUUCAGUUUCGAAAACCAGGAAAUCACACAAUUUAUGAAAGUUUUUGUUUAGCUUUAAUUGAAAGGGGAAAGUUGAUUAUUCAGUCAAUAAAUGAUUGUGGCAUAGUUGCUUGUAUGAAUGAUUACAGUGACAUAGAUGGAUCUUUUAAAGAAAAUAAUUUUGUUUAUACAACGAAAAUAUCACAAGAAACUGGCGAGUACUUUUACUGUAGUUGCAGUAUAUACAGGACACUUAUUAACUGUGAUGAGACUGAAAGUAAUGGUGAUGAAUUUCAUGUAAUUGAUUUGGAGGAUGAAAGUGUAAUUACAUGUAUGCAUUGUAAGUUUCUGAAAAAUUCUGUGAUUCCUUGCAUAGUGAAUGGAGAAGAGUUGGUUGAAACCAAUCUUAGUAAAUUCAUCAAAAAUGCUCUAAGUUUUAAAGGAAAAGAUAUUGUGGAAUUAAUACGAGGGAAGGAAACACGCAAGUUUUCUGUUUUAACUGGAGAUGAUGACUAUCCAACAUUUGUCCAUUUAACCUACAAGAAACAAGUAAAAAGGUAUAUUGCCUCAUGUUUGAAUGGUUAUUGUAAGGCUUUAAAAGGUCACAAAAGAAAUAUAGAGUAUUUAUCUUCUGCAGAGGUCUGUAAACAUCUUUCUGUUUUGAAAAGUAAUAAAGAUUGCUGGGAAGACAUUCUUGACUUUGAAUCAUUGCUAACUAAUGACAUUCCCAAAAGUGACUCUGUUGUUGAAGAAGAAGAUGAAUUAUGGAUAAAUACAGAUGUUUUGGAUGCAAAUUUUAAAGGAAACUUUGAUGUGAACACAGGGUUAUGGAAUUUCGAAUGUAGGAGUGAUCACCCACCAAGUAAAAGAGACAGUGAACUUUUACAAAGUAACUUGAUUUGCCGUGAUGGCUGGAAUGAUAGAACUUUAACUCGACUGGAUGAUGGGUGUUUGAAAGGCCCAAUACUGUGUCCUGACAUUCCUGAAAAUACAUGUGAAUGUGGUAGUGGAUGGCUUAAAAGGGAGGAUGAUGAUGAGUAUAGUGAACUAGGUUUGACAGAAAUAGAAAAAUCACCAAAGAGCCGUAUUUUGACUAUAUAUACACAAUUAGCUCCAGUUAAGUGCGAGGUUCAUACACGGGUAUGUUAUAAUAAAGAAAGUCCUUGUAAAAUUAUGUGGAAUGAAGGUGAAUUAGACUCACUGCAUGUGCUGAGCAGGGAAACUGCUGCAGGGGAUGAGAUAGGCUGGGAAUUUGUUUCAAUGGUUAUGAACUCUGGUUGUACCUUUGCGUCUUUUUGCAAAUAUAAGACAGAAAAUUACAAAAUUAGACAUGGAAAUGCAAAGUUUAUGAGUCCAACACUUUUUAUAAGAUGGUGGUUCAGUUGGGCAGCAAAUAUGAAAAUUGAGUUUAGAGUGCCUUGCAAAAGUUGUGGUUUUAAACCACGGCGCUUGUGUUGUGAUGGUACAAGAGUAGGUGUGGGCUUUCGUCAUGCCAGUUAUGAGGAAAUAAAUAAAACUGAUGAAGGUGCCCCUGUUAAUGAAACUUUACAUAGAAGAAUGGAUAGAUGUUUUCUAAAAAACAUGAAAGAAUUAGAAAAACAGGAAGUUAUUCAGUUUAGAUCUACUUUAGAUUAUUUAGCACGCAGAGUUAUACAAGGUGUUAAAGAUGAUGAAGUCAUACCUGAUGUUGAACUGGAAGAAAGAGUUAAUUCUUUGAACGACAUUCUACCUGAUGAAAUUUCACCUUCAUUUUCUAGAUUUAUAGCUAUGGCAGACCAUGACAAUGAAAAGUUGGCUUAUGCUUUUGUUUUGAAAAUGUUAGCAACCACAGCAUCUAUAACAAGUUUGUUACCACCACCAUUUUGUGGUCGGUUACAGCAGUUUCUCAACAAUCCAACAGUUGAAAAUACAGAGUAUAAUUUUAUUAUGAGUGAAAUGCGUACUUAUGCACCUGAAAUAAGAGAUCUCAUUCAUGCUGCCUUAAGGAAAAAUAAUUCUAUGUUACCACAUGACUUGAGGUUGUUCUUACAGUAUAUAGUUAAUGAAUCUUUGAGUUUAAAGGUAACUGAACCAGAACCAGCAGUUCCGCAAGCAGAUACAUACAAUCCUGAAAAGUUUGGCAGGGCGUAUUACUUCAAUGAAUAUGGUAUGAAAUUGAGAAAUGUGAGAAAGUUCAGUAUUGAUACUGACAGAACUGUUAGAAAUAAUGUUGAUCAUGAUGAUGAAACUAUGGAUUUUGAUAGGUGUCAUAAACUGUUCUCUAAAACUCAGACCUCAGCUCGUGGAACUUCAAAUUUAUUUCUUUGGUUUUGUGCAGAUCAUGGACAUUGUUAUGGAUUUCAUAUGACAGGUGCAGAAGGUAGAAAAGACCCAGCAGCAUCUCUUUAUUCCUAUCUCGAAAAGCCUCCUCAUGACAUUUUUUAUGAUUUUGCAUGUAAUUUACAGGAGUAUUGUUUAAACAGAGAAAGUGGUUAUUACAAAGAUGUUCGUUUUUUUCAUGACAUUUUUCAUGGCUAUUCACACAAAUGUUCAUGUGCAUUUAGGUCAAGUAGGCUGCAGGGUUUUGAAACUGUAAAUUCUGAAAUAUGUGAGCAGUUCAACAGUUUCAUACAAUGCAUUAAAAAAUCUGCUCGACAAAUGUCACAGUCCCAUUUCUGUUUUUAUCUUCAUUUUUUUUUGCAUCCGUGGAAUGAAAAAGGUCACCAUAUCAAAUCAAAGGAAAAGCUAGUUAACACUGUAGAGGCCACAUUUAUGACCAUAUCUUAAUGAAACUUGGUCAGAAUGUUGAUCUUGAAGAUCAAUAGCUCAAGUUCAAAUCUGGGUCAGGUGGGGUAAAAAACUAGGCCACUAGGUCAAAUCAAAGGAAAAGCUUGUUAACACUCUAGAGGCCACAUAUAUGACUGUAUCUUCAUGAAACCUAGUCGGAAUGUUAAUCUUGAUGAUAUUUAGGUCAAGUUCGAAUUUUGGUCAUGUGGGGUCAAAAACUAGGUCACCAGGUCAAAUCAAAGGAAAAGCUAGUUAACACUUUAGAGACCACAUUUUUGACCAUAUCUUAAUGAAACUUGGUCAGAAUGUUAAUCUUGAUGAUCUUUAUGUUAAUAGGUCAGGUGAGUGAUACAUGGCCAUCAUGGCCCUCUUGUUUUUAAAUAGCUGUGUCAUUUUUUUAUGUCAGCUUUAACUUCUUGUCAACUUUAACUUCCUUUAUGACUGAAUUUUUUUUGUAGCUAUGUCAGCUGUUAUUUCCUCUAUGUUUUUGUUUCCUAGCCAUAUCAGAUGUUGUUUCUUUAUGUGCUGCCUUUUGUCAUUCCCAUAUCAAUUGUAAUUUCCUAUCUGUAUUUUUAUUUCAUAGCGAUGUGACUUUUUUUUGUUUCCUUCAUGUAUUUAUUGCAUAGCAAUAACAGUUGUAAUUUUCUUCAUGUUCUGUAUUUUUUCCUAAGACAUAUCAGUUGUAAUUUCCUUUAUGUAUUUUUUUUUCAUAAUGAUGUCAGUUUUAUUUUCCUUCGUGUAUUUUAUUGCAUAGCAAUAACAGUUGUAAUUUUCUUAACAUAUUGUUUUUUUUUUUCAGUUAGACAUAUCAGUUGUAAUUUCCUUUAUGUAUUUUCAUGCCCCCAAAGGGAGGCAUAUAGUUUUUGAACCGUCUGUCAGUCUGUCCGCAAUUUUCGUGUCCGGUCCAUAUCUUUGUCAUCGAUGGAUGGAUUUUCAAAUAACUUGGCAUGAAUGUGUACCACAGUAAGACAACGUGUCGCACGCAAAACCCAGGUCCGUAGCUCAAAGGUCAAGGUCACACUUAGACGUUAAAGGAUAGUGCAUUGAUGGGCGUGUCCGGUCCAUAUCUUUGUCAUCCAUGGAUGGAUUUUCAAAUAACUUGGCAUGAAUGUGUACCACAGUAAGACAACGUGUUGCGCGCAAGACCCAGGUCCGUAGCUCAAAGGUCAAGGUCACACUUAGACGUUAAAGGAUAGUGUAUUGAUGGGCGUGUCCGGUCCAUAUCUUUGUCAUCCAUGGAUGGAUUUUCAAAUAACUUGGCAUGAAUGUGUACCACAGUAAGCCGACGUGUCGCGUGCAAGACCCAGGUCCGUAGCUCAAAGGUCAAGGUCACAAUUAGACGUUAAAGGAUAGUGCAUUGAUGGGCGUGUCCGGUCCAUAUCUUUGUCAUUCAUGCAUGGAUUUUAAAAUAACUAUGCAUGAAUGUGUGGCACAGUAAGACGACGUGUCGCGCGCAAGACCCAGCUCCGUAGGUCAAAGGUCCUAAACUCUAACAUCGGCCAUAACUAUUCAUUCAAAGUGCCAUCGGGGGCAUGUGUCAUCCUAUGGAGACAGCUCUUGUUCUCAUAGCGGUGUCAUUUUUAGCUCACCUGUUAUUUCCUCUAUGUAUUGGUUUUUUCUCUGAGACAAAUCACCCGUAAUUUCAUUGAUUAGUUUGCUUCUUAGUUAGAAUAAGUGCAUUCUAAAUAAACAGAAAACUUUUUCGAA